AUGAAAGCCAACCGUGCUCGAUUCUUCUGGCGCCAAGCUAAGAAGAGACUACUCGACUGUGGACGAACAGCAGUCACGAGGAAGAAGUCGCAGCUGCCGUCGACAGUCACCUUGGAUGAGCCGAUUCUGGAAGAAGUCUUGAAAAGACUCGAUCUGAGCGAACGCGUCCAGUUGAGAAGCCUUUCUCCCCAGUUGUCCAAUCUCGUCGAUCGAAUGCCGCUGACCCUCCCGUUCGUGUUCCUCCGGUCAACAACGGCUGCGGCGACAUCAGAGCUGACUGCGAAUCCGCAUGACGGUUCUCUUAGUUUAGUGUCUCGAAUCACCGGCGUCUCACACCUUUGGCUGGACUCCGAGUGGAAUGGCCACCUUGUGCAGGCCAUCGUGGAAUACUACCAAUCAAUCAAUGUUGGAAACACGAGAUUGAGCUCCGCCAUUUACGCUUUCGCCACUGUCGGCUGCCACUCGCAACCGCAGACUGUUCAGUUUUGGUCAGCGAUCUCACAGUGCCCGCGGCUGGAAGGACUGCAGUACGAGCCUUGUCGACUGGACAAAUGGAGCAGACCUCACCUAAUCGACGCAUUGGACAACAAGUGUUUGAAAUCGUUGAUUCUGACCGGAAUCGAUGGCCUUCGACCCAGCAGAUCUCAUUCGGAUUGCGUCUGGCUCCCAGCUCGUGGAACUGGCGGUUGUGGGUGA